AUGGUGAAACUUGUUCAACAAUCAUGGUGGAAAUUCAGUACUUGUUUUCUUAGGGUUUCUUCUUCAUAUUCUACAAUUGCUGAAACCAUAGCCUCCUUAGAUUUGACUAAUGAAGAUGAACAAGGUUCUAACCCCUUAACCUCGUCUCCAAAGGAUGCUCUAUACCUUGUAAACUUGCAUGUUCUACAAAUAUUUCAACUGUAUCAGUUUAAUGUUGAUUUAACAAGAGCAAUCUCUAAAUUCGCCCGCAUCAUGAAGUCCAUUUUUGAGUGGAUUAAGAAGUCCAAGGAUUUUGAUAUAUCGCCUAGAGAUUUAGCAGUCGAACUGGAUUUAGUAUCAAAAGCCCAUGGUCUGGAAGCCGCAGAGCAAGAUACCAUGCAAAAGCUGAAGGAGUUGGGCUAUGCUGGCACACUGGCGUACAAUGUUAUGAUGACCCUUUAUGCUAAAUUGGGAUAUCUUGAGAAGCUACAGUCACUUGUGCUAGAGAUGGAAGACAAUGGAAUUUCUGGUAAUUUGAUUUCCUACAAUAUCCGCUUAAAUGUAUAUGCAUCUGUUCCCAAUGUUGCAGAGAUGGAGAAGGUUCUGAUGAAAAUGGAAGCUGAUCCUCUGCUAAUUGAUUGGAGUUCUUACGCAAUUGCUGCAAAGGGGUACCUGAAGCUGGUGAUAUAG